UAUAAAUCUAGAAACUAGAAUGGCGAAAAAACCACUCACACUCUCGGACAAGAUAAGUAAACUGUUUAUCCCGGAUGCGGGUUCGGGUUCGGAAGAAUCUGGAGAUGAAACGGCGCCCAAGUUCAGUGAAUUUGAUGAAGGGCCGGACGAUCCGGAACGCAGUUCCGCCCUGAGUGAGAUUCGCAAGCGGAACAUCAAGUUUCUCGAGGAUAUCGAUCAAAAGUAUGAAGGAGCCAUCUCGUCGCGAAAGGAAGCUUUCGGAGACGAAGAGGCCAGCGAUGAGGAUGGAGGAGACGACUUUGAUGAGGACAGUGUUACUGAAGACGAUACUGACGGCGAUGAGAAUGUAGCACCCACCAAAGAGAAACGAAAGUCUAUUCUCUUCAUAAAGCAACCCUCUAGCGACGAGGAAGGAUCAGAUGAAGCAGGCGGCGAUGAGGAAGCGGAAUCGAAUCCGGAGGAACACACGGAAGAAUCCGACUACGAAGAUGAAUCAGUACAAGACUACACACAACCGAAGGAACCGAGCGAACAAAGGACUAAGCUGAUCACGGAUGAAAAUCGCCAAGAAGCGAUAGGAAAAGGUUUGGCCGUGCAAAACCAGCUGAAGCUGUGGGAACGGAUGCUGGAGAUGCGCAUCAAAGUGCAACCGUGUUUGGUAUCGGCCAACAGCUUACCGACGGGUGAGGCAUUCGAAAAAUUCCGCACCGAUAGUGACCAGUUUCGGAAGAAGGCCAACCAAGCGACAAAGACCGUCACAGAGGCGCUUGAUGCGCUUCUUUCACUUCAGGAGAAACUGUUCGAAGGGUUCUCGGCAACAAAGCACCUACUCAAAAGCGGUUCAAAGAGAAAGUCAUCGUCGAGCAGCGGCUCGUCCAAUGCGAAACGUGCCUCGGUGAAUGAGUACGAAAAGUGCCUUGCCAGCCGAGCCAACGAUAUGGCCGAAUAUAGGAAUAGCGUACUGUUGAAAUGGCACGAUCGUACGAAAAUUGCCGCUAGUGUGCGGAACCAGAAGCAGUCGGUGUCGGUGGUGAAGAAAAUCGAAGACAGUCUCAUAAACCGCGAAGAGCUAGUGCGGAAAACGCAGCUGUACCGCGGAGGUCACAAAUUGCUUGGACGUCCUGAAGAAACCAAGACGGAUGAAGCAAAGAGUGCGCAAGGCAACGCAUCCGAUCCAGACCAAACGGAAACCCCCGUUUACGAUGGGGAAAUAUACGACGAUUCCGAUUUCUAUCAUCAGCUGCUGCGGGAGCUAAUAGAAUACAAAACUAACACCACCGAUAGCCCACAGGAGAUUGCGAACAAGUUGGUGGAAUUGCAGAAAUUGCGAAGCAAAAUGAAAAAGAAUGUCGACACGCGCGCGACCAAGGGACGAAAAAUACGGUAUGUGGUGCACAAUAAGUUAGUCAAUUUCAUGGCCCCAGUUCCGGACUACGAGUGGACGGACGAAGCGAAAGAUGAGCUGUUUGGGUCGCUGUUUGGUAAAAUUUCUGCAUCCACCACUGAAUGAAGGCAUCCACUAAA